UUCUUUAGCAGAGAGAUCAAGCACAAUGCGCUCCACGCCAGGAGACUUAGUCGCGCAGAAAGUCACCACUACGGAGACUGAGAAGCAGGAAAAAACUAAAGUGUUGUGGCCUCAAUGGAUCGCUGCCAUCGGAGUCACUCUUCUGCUGGUGCAAAUAGGACUAUUGGCAGGUUGGAGCUCGCCGUACAUAGCCUUCUUGACCUCGCCCAAUUCGCACAUCCCCAUAACACUGAACGAGGCUUCGUGGAUAGUUUCGUUGUUAAACGCAGGCAGACUAAUCGGCGCCAUUUUCGGUGCUCUCUGCGUCAAUUACUUUGGAAGCAAAAGAACUAUUUUCAUCAUCAGUUUACCAUUGAUUUUCGGCUGGUUGUUUAUAAUUUUGGCUGAUCGGGUGGAGUGGUUGUACGUGUCCAGAUUUCUAGGCGGGAUCGCUUUGGGAAAGACUUAUAGUUGCUUCUCCCUUUAUCUGGGCGAGAUCACCGAUCCGUCCAUUCGCGGAGCUACGGUUGUUUUAGCUAUGGCCGGAUUGUCGAUGGGCACCAUGAUAAUAUGCAUCAUGGGCGCGUAUUUGAGCAUGACCGUUUCUACUAGCAUAAGCCUCGCUCACGCCUUCGUAUUGAUGGCCAUCUUUAUCUGGCUGCCAGAAUCGCCGCAUCAUUUCGUCAAGAUCAAAGCGGAUGAGAAAGCGCGGGCAUCAAUUCGCUGGUAUCAUCGCGACUGCGACGUGGAAUCGGAAAUGCAAUCCUUGAAGAAAUUUAUCGAGAUGAACAGCAGUUCGAGCACGAUGGACGUUAUCAAAGAGUUCGGGGUUCCGCAUGUCGGCAAAACUCUAGCGAUCGUCACGGUGCUCUACAUGUACGCCCAAAUGUGCGGCAUAAAUAACGUCGAAUUUUACAUGGAAACGUUGUUGCGAAACGCUCACGUGACCGUCAUCGAUCCGUCGGUGGUCGUCAUUAUAGUCAUGAGCAUCGGAAUUGUGAGCUCUCUGUUCUCCAUAAUGCUGAUCGACAGAUUCGGCAGGCGAAUCCUAAUGAUGACCUCAAGCGUCGCCGUUGUGAUCUCGAUCUCGUGUCUGGGCACGGUUUUCCAGUUUAUCGACGCGGGAUACAAUUCCGUCUAUCUCCAGGCUCUGGCGAUCUUCUCGAUGAUCUUUUUCCAGUUGGCCGUGUUCAUCGGUCUUCUCUCGGUACCUAUCACGGUACUGAGCGAGGUCUUUCCGCCGCACAUCAAAUGCAUGGCCGGUUGUCUCACCAGCAUAGCGGCCGGUCUCUUCGCGUUCACUUCCACGUCGAGCUAUCAGCCUCUCGUCAAUCUUAUAACGGAGAAAUACGUUUUCUACCUUUAUUCUUUGCUUCUGAUAACCGCCGUGCCGUUCGCGUUCUUCUGCAUGCCCGAGACGAAAGGCAAGUCGCUGCAGCAGAUUCAGGAAGAACUGAAGAAAUGCUGAUGAAAGAUCAAAGUUUUUGUGCGCGGACAAAUUGUCCAACGGAAUUUGUGAGGAAACAAUAACUAAUAAUUUUGUUUCAUGAGAGAGAAUUAUGAGGUGUUUUUUCUCGCGAAACAGACGCGAUUUUGUAAUUAAAAUGACAUAUUGAGCAACGCGUUUUUUUUUGUAAUCCGAUCAUAUAAACGUUACAUGUGUACGUUUGCUUGCGUACAUCUAUCUAAUCUAUCUAAUCGCGCAAAUAAAUUAAAAAUUACCGCAAUCUUGUCGGCGAAGUUGAUUUUGAUUAUACCGCGAAAUGUUUUUCUAUAUUUAGAAACGUAAUCGUAACUGGCAUUUCGUUGGUGUCACACCACUUCGUUGAAGAACAGAGAAACGCACACAGAGAAAUUUAUUUAAUCCCCACCGCGUUGUGACGCGUUGCUUUCAAACACGUACAAUGCAGUAAAUCAUUCGAUAAUUCGCAACCGCGAGUCGCGGAAUUUCUGACAAAAGGUUUCGCGACGUAUAGCUGUACCGUACCAGAAUCGUAGAUAACGUACACACACAUAUAACGUAAUGACACUUUCUUGCAAACUCGUACAGCUCGUCUCCGAAUAGACCGUUUUUUUUUUCUUUUUUUUUUUUUUGAGACAUCAUCACGCGCGGUUAUUGCGCGCGAAAUCUUGUGUCAUUCUAAAUUUGGGAUUUUUUUUUCUCGCAACUGAAUGAAAAUCGUUGUUUCUCCUCUCGGCGUACAACUACAAAUUUCGCCGAUAAAACGUAUUUUAGAUGUAGAGUUUUAUAUAUAUAUAUAUUUUUAAGCAUAAAACUUGACUAAUAUUCCAAUUCGUUGACAACGUUACGACCAGAGAGCAACGACUGUGUGAGAAUCUAAUAUUAUCUUAUCUCGUAGAGGUCAUUGGUAAUGACGCUGUUUUUUACUAUUAAAACAGACACAACACGUGUCUCUGAACUCUGUAAUGAGAGAGAUAGAAAUAGUUAUGUCGAUAAUAGCUGCGUCGAUUGUUACGUCUGCUGAGAAUGAUGUGUGUGAUGUUUAAACGACUGUGUUGUGUAUUAUAAAGCCGUUAACGCGUUCGCAAUCGGCGAUUUUUUACAGCGAGACAUUUACCCUGAACACCGCAAGGUUCUUCUAUUUAAUUAUAUACAUUAUUUAUUAUACUGUAAUAUGUGUUUAUUAAGUUAAUAAAAAUAGAUUUUUAAAAUGA